UUCAAACUGAACUGCUCUCGGGGCACAAUGGCUGGCAGAUAUGGGCACCAACAAACGAAGAUCCACGAACCAGAGCUCAGUCUCCUGACUACGGCUUCGGGUGUUCCUAUUGGAGACAAGAGAAAUUCCCUGACCGUGGGCCCCCGGGGGCCCCUUUUAAUUCAGGAUGCUGCCUUUAUGGAAGAAAUGGCCCAUUUCAAUAGAGAGCGGAUUCCUGAGAGGGUUGUGCAUGCAAGAGGUGCAGGAGCCUUCGGUUACUUCGAGGUGACGAAUGACAUCACACAGUACUGCAAGGCCAAGGUCUUCUCUCACGUCGGGAAAAAAACGCCAAUUGCCGUGCGAUUCUCCACUACAACUGGAGAGCUGGGCAGCAACGACACUGUACGAGAACCCCAUGGUUUUGCAAUUAAAUUUUAUACAGAGGAAGGGAACUGGGACCUGGUAGGGAACCACACGCCAGCGUUCUUCAUCAAGGAUCCCAUCUUGUUCCCAUCUCUUGCUCAUGCCCAGAAGAAGAACCCUCAGACACACCUGAAAGACCCCAACAUGUUCUGGGAUUUUGUAAGCCUGUGCCCGGAGACCUUGCACGAGAUCACACAUUUGUUCACUGACCGGGGGCUACCCGAUGGGUAUCGCCACAUGCACGGAUUCGGGAACCAUGCUUUCAAGCUGGUAAAUGCAGACGGAAAGCCUGUCUACUGCAAAUUCCACUACAAGACCAACCAGGGCAUAAAGAACCUAAGCAGCGAGCAAGCCAAAGUGAUAGCUGGCAGCGACCCGGACCAUGCACUGCGAGAUCUCCUUGAGGCCAUAGCUAAGGGAGACUAUCCAUCAUGGACGUUCUCCAUCCAGAUCAUGACUUUUGAGCAGGCUGAAAAAAUGCCAUUUAACCCUUUCGACGUUACAAAGGUCUGGUACCAAAAGGAAUUUCCUCUGAUUCCAGUGGGGAAGCUGGUUUUAAAUCGGAACCCAACUAAUUAUUUUGCUGACGUGGAACAGAUCGCUCUUGAACCCAAAAACCUUGUCCCAGGGAUUGAGCCGAGCCCCGACAGAGUGCUACAGGGGCGUCUCUUUGCCUAUUCUGAUGCUUUGAGGUAUCGACUUGGAGUCAAUUACACACAAAUCCCCGUCAACCGCCCCCAAGGUGUUAAGGUGGCAAAUUAUGAGAGAGAUGGACAUAUGGUCAUAGACAACCAAGGGAAUGCACCAAGCUACUACCCAAACAGCUUUGGAGGGCCGAAAGACAAGGCUGAGUAUAAAGAGAUGGUGUUCCAUGUCAGUGGAGAUGUGGACCGGUAUCAUAAUGCAGAGACGGAUGACAAUUUCCAGGUGCGGAAAUUCUACCAGAAAGUCCUGAACGACAAGCAGAAGCAGGAGCUGUGCCAGAACAUCGCCAGCAGCCUUACAGGAGCGCUUCAGUUCAUCCAGGACAAAUCUGUAAAGAACUUUGCAGCGAUUGAUCCUGAUUACGGGGCCCGUGUUCAGAAAGAACUGGAUAAACUGAGAGCUGCUUCUCAAAAGAAGGAGGAGUCGAAGCCUAUAUUCUACCAGCAGAAGCACUACUGAGAUGAAACUUUGGUCUUGUGAUAAUGAUACAACAUUAUUAUGUUUAUAACACAUUGAUGCACCUGGCACCGGAUAACCCACAAGCUCUGCUUCUCCAUGGACUCUGAUAUACAGAUAAUACAGAUAUUAGCCACACGCGGGCACCUGUCCCUUUUUUCCUGCUUUUAAUUGGUGCUUGAUGGGUGGUUGGCACAAACGGUUAAUAUUAUAUUAUAUAUCAUAGCAAAGUGUGCCAGGCAGACUCUCAGAGCUUGCUAGUGCCAGUCAUCGUCCAUCCUAGCAUGGCAAGUGAUAUCCCUUGCCUCAACCACCUAUUGAGCAUGAUCAAGCAAAGAAAAAACAGGUGCCUGGUAUACAAAAAAUUCAUAGCAACACCUUCUAAUUCUUGUUUAGUAUGAGGCAGAGAGCAGGGUCGGGCUGGGGGGUGAAGGGCCCACCGGGGCUCCCGCCCAGGGCCCAGCACUGCACACCCCCCCCCCCCCGCAGCG